CCUCUUUAUUUUUCUUUUUUUAAAAUUUUUUUUGUACAGGACGACUACGGCGCAUUGAUACCGCGCGUAUACAAGAAAUCGCUCUUAACGAACCAACUAUUGGUACACGAACUAUAGCGCAGGUACAAGGAGUUAGCCAGACAAUGGUAUGUAAGGCUCUAAAAUCGGGUCACUUUCAUCCCUAUAAAGCAAUCUUGACUCAAGAACUGCUUAUUAUUGAUGAGACGCGCAGAUUGAGAUAUUGUCGGUGGUUUCUUAAUAAAAUAGAGGAAAAUUAUUAUUUUUCCAAAUACAUUUUAUUUUCGGAUGAAUGUAUUUUUUAUAAUAAUGGCAACGUCAACCGCCACAAUAUGCAUUACUGGGUCACCGAGAAUCCUCACUGGAUGCUGCAAGCACACAGCCAAGUCAAGUGGUCAGUGAAUGUUUGGGCGGGUAUUCUCGGGGACCACAUCAUUGGGCCAUAUUUUAUUGAUGGCAAGGUCAAUGGCAAUUUUUACCGAAAUUUUCUUAGGAACGAGCUUGUCACUUUGUUAGAUGAGGUGCCACUGGAAUCACGUGUUAACAUGUGGUUCCAGCAGGACGGCCAUCCUGCACACACCGCCAAAGAGACAAGAUUAUUGUUAAACGAGAAAUUCGGUAGGCAUUGGAUAGGUCUUCACGGUCCCCAAGAAUGGCCAACGCGUUCACCAGAUCUCACACCACUUGACUUUUUUGGUGGGGUCAUCUUAAACAACAGGUAUAUGCAACGCGACCUGUUAGCGCUGAAAAUCUGAAGGAUAAAAUUGUACGAGCUUGCCGUGCAAUAACUCCACAGAUGUUGUGCCGGGUACGUAAUGCAAUCUUGGAUAGGGCUCUACUUCGUGAGAGGAUGGAGGGAGGUCACUUCGAACACAUAUUGAAGUGAAAACAUGAUAAGUUAUCAUAAGCACGGUUACACAUUGAUGAAAAAUUUUCUUUUGCGUGCAUUCUUACUUAAUAUGACUUCAACAUAUUUGUUUUGAGACUUACAUAUUGAAUAGGUCGUUAACUUCGACAAUAUUUUUUUAGUUUUUGUAAAAAAUGUGGUAAAAUAUGGCUACAAGUGAAGGUCCACUUUGAAAAACCUAACGCACCUUUAGUGGAACCUCAAGGGUGGUGUGGAAGACCACUAUUAUUUUAAUUUUAAAUUUGUUAUAAUUAGCAUUUGUAACAUUGACAUAAUGUAUUUUACAAUUUUACAUUUAAAUUUUAUAAUAGAUGUACACAAAUUUAUUCUUGGCAUGUUAAUGUUUUACGUUAUUGGCAAAAAUAUGAGUAGAUAUUUGUUUUUUCUAAUAUAAAAUAUUAAAAUACUUCUUAACUUACCGCUGACCCACAGAGCUGCCACCUAUGGGCCGUCCGA